CUUUUCUCUGUAAUAGAAUUCACAUGGAUGUAUAUAAUUUGCCUCCUAAUUCUUCCAAUCUUGAAAAACAUGUUUCACCCAUGUCUUGUCACAGUGUUCGUUUCUCUUUUUGCUUCUACACAAGUCCUUAUAAUUACCAAUCCAUAAUUUCGUUUUAUUCACAAAUCCAAAGCAUGAAAGAAGAAUAACGAUUCUCUUUCCAAAAAAAUGUUUUAUUGUCUUAUUCUCCUACUAUGUCUCUCUUCUACGUAUCCAAGUCUAUCUUUAAACCAAGAUGCCACCAUUCUCCGGCAAGCCAAACUGAGCUUCUCCGACCCGGCCCAGUCCCUAUCUUCAUGGCCCGACAACGACGACGUCACUCCAUGCACGUGGCGAGGCGUGAGCUGCGACGACACGUCAACCGUUGUCUCCGUCGAUCUCUCAAGCUUCAUGCUCGUCGGACCUUUCCCCUCCAUCCUCUGCAACCUUCCUUCUCUCCACUUCCUCUCUCUAUAUAACAACUCCAUCAAUGGUUCUCUCUCCGGUGACGACUUCAACACGUGUCGGAAUCUCAUCAGUCUUAAUUUAUCGGAGAAUCUUUUGGUUGGAUCCAUCCCAAAGUCACUUCCUUUCAAUCUUCCGAACCUCAAGUUCCUCGAACUCUCCGGUAACAACUUAUCAGACACAAUUCCGGCGAGCUUCGGAGAGUUCCAAAAGCUUGAGACUUUAAACCUCGCCGGUAACUUCCUCUCCGGUACAAUUCCCGCCUCUCUCGGUAACGUCACGACUCUUAAAGAACUCAAACUCGCUUACAAUUUGUUUUCUCCGAGUCAAAUCCCGAGCCAACUCGGAAAUCUCACAGAGCUCCAAGUUCUCUGGCUCGCCGGCUGCAACCUCGUUGGUCCGGUACCUUCAGCUCUGUCCGGAUUAACUCGUUUGGUUAACUUGGAUUUGACAUUUAACCGACUCACAGGAUCUAUCCCGAGUUGGAUCACACAGCUAAAGACCGUCGAGCAAAUCGAACUAUUCAACAACUCGUUCUCAGGCGAGUUACCGGAAGCUAUGGGUAACAUGACGACGCUAAAAAGAUUCGACGCGUCGAUGAAUAAGCUGAGAGGAAAGAUACCCGACGGCUUAAAUCUGUUAAACCUCGAGUCACUCAAUCUCUUCGAGAACAUGCUCGAAGGUCCCUUGCCAGAGAGUAUAACUCGCUCCAAAACCUUGUCAGAACUCAAGCUUUUCAACAACAGACUCACCGGAACAUUACCGAGUCAACUCGGCGCUAACUCGCCAUUACAAUACGUGGACCUAUCGUAUAACCGAUUUUCCGGCGAAAUACCGGCGAAUCUCUGCGGUGAAGGGAAACUAGAGUAUCUAAUUCUUAUAGACAAUUCGUUCUCCGGAGAAAUCUCGAAUAAUCUAGGAAUGUGUAAGAGCUUGACUCGGGUCCGUUUGAGUAACAACAAUCUUUCGGGUCAUAUCCCUGACGAGUUCUGGGGAUUGCCUCGCUUGUCACUGCUCGAACUCUCUGAAAAUUCAUUCACCGGAAGUAUUCACAAGACGAUCUCCAGUGCGAAGAAUCUAUCGAACCUACGAAUCUCAAAGAAUCAAUUUUCAGGUUCAAUACCCAACGAAAUCGGAUCGCUUAAAGGACUGAUCGAGAUUUCCGGAGCGGAGAAUGAUUUCACCGGUGAAAUUCCUAGUAGCUUGGUGAAAUUGAAGCAAUUGAGCAGGUUUGAUCUCAGCAAGAAUCAACUCUCCGGCGAGAUUCCUAAAGGAAUCAGAGGUUGGAAGAAUCUAAAUGAGCUCAAUUUGGCUAAUAAUCAUCUCUCCGGUGAAAUCCCUAGAGAAGUCGGAAUGUUACCUGUUCUCAAUUACCUUGACCUCUCCAACAAUCAAUUCUCCGGUGAAAUUCCGUUGGAGUUACAGAAUCUGAAGCUAAACGUUUUAAAUCUUUCGUAUAAUCACCUCUCCGGUAAAAUUCCUCCUCUCUACGCGAAUAAAAUCUACGCUCAUGACUUCCUCGGCAAUCCCGGUUUAUGCGUUGAUCUCGACGGUCUUUGUCGGAAGAUCACACGGUCUAAAAACAUUGGUUAUGUUUGGAUUCUCCUAACGAUAUUCUUGCUCGCCGGUUUGGUUUUUGUCGUCGGGAUCGUUAUGUUCAUUGCCAAGUGCAGAAAACUCAGAGCCUUGAAGAGCUCUAAUUUGGCAGCGUCUAAAUGGAGAUCCUUCCAUAAGCUUCAUUUCAGUGAGCAUGAGAUAGCUGAUUGUCUCGAUGAACGGAACGUAAUAGGAUCUGGAUCUUCAGGUAAAGUCUAUAAAGCGGAGCUUAGUGGCGGAGAAGUUGUAGCUGUGAAGAAACUCAAUAAAACUGUUAAAGGAGGAGAUGAAUACAGUGAUUCGUUGAAUAGAGAUGUUUUUGCUGCGGAGGUCGAAACGUUGGGAACGAUUAGGCAUAAGAGUAUUGUGCGUUUGUGGUGUUGUUGCAGCUCUGGUGAUUGUAAGUUGUUGGUAUACGAGUACAUGCCUAAUGGGAGCUUAGCUGAUGUGUUGCACGGCGACAGUAAAGGCAGGGUGGUGUUGGGUUGGCCAGAGCGGUUGAGAAUCGCUUUGGACGCUGCCGAAGGUCUAUCGUACUUGCACCAUGAUUGUGUUCCUCCAAUUGUGCACCGCGAUGUGAAGUCGAGUAACAUACUGCUAGAUAGAGAUUAUGGGGCUAAAGUUGCUGACUUUGGGAUCGCUAAAGUCGGUCAGAUGAGUGGUUCCAAAACUCCAGAAGCUAUGUCAGGUAUCGCCGGUUCUUGUGGUUACAUUGCACCAGAAUACGUAUACACGCUUCGGGUGAAUGAAAAGAGCGAUAUCUACAGCUUCGGUGUGGUGCUUUUGGAACUGGUUACAGGGAAUCAACCAACGGAUCCAGAACUCGGAGAUAAAGAUAUGGCGAAAUGGGUGUGCACUACACUUGACAAAUGUGGUUUAGAACCCGUGAUCGAUCCCAAACUCGAUCUCAAGUUCAAAGAAGAAAUUAGUAAAGUCAUUCACAUUGGUCUACUCUGUACCAGUCCUCUCCCUCUAAACCGACCUUCCAUGAGAAAAGUUGUGAUCAUGCUUCAAGAAGUCUCUGGUGCUGUUUCUUGUAGCAGUCCAAACAUAUCUAAACGCUCCAGGAGUGGUGGGAAACUCUCGCCUUACUACACGGAAGAGUUGAACAGCGUUUGAACAUUCAAAUAUGGGCUGAGAUUGGGUUGGGCCCGGAUAGCAAUUUGAUGAUAUGAUGCUAGGUGAAUUGUAAGAAAGAUAUCAGAAACAGAAAAGUGGAGCUUUCUGAUUAGGUAACUGCUCUUAAUGCUAAUAUAAAGUUAUAGUUUGGAUAUUAAUUUUAAAUUAAUGCAAUGUUUGCAAUAUUUGGUGGUUGGUCCACCCAAUAGUCAACCUUCAUUUAAACUGAACUGUGAACUCAUUACCAGUGUAAUCUUGAAAACGGAUGUUCAUUGGAUGAGCGAUGAUCAAUAUUUUAUUUUAU